AACGGUGUCUCACUCAUUCGUGAUAGUUUCUGUAUGUUCAGUUUGAAGGGAGGCAAUAGGUUUUGUUGUGAUUUUAGAUUACGAACAGCUCUAAGCACUUUGAAAUGUCAAAGAAUAAUUUUAGUGAAACAGUUCUUGGUGGACAAGAUUCCAAAGUUUUUGCUAUCAGUCAUACCAAACUUAACCGGGUUGUGAGUGGUGAAAUUCUUAACUUGUUUUCAUAUUAUUUGCCAGCAUAGUUUCAUGUCUGAACUGGCAUUCUAGUGGAAAUGUGUUCAGUCAAACAGUGAAGCCCACUUUGAGAUAAAAUCUCCAAGCUGUGGUUUAUCUAUGGUUGUUAAAAUUAAGUUCAGCUGCCUGUACCUCAUCAGCUCUUUAGCUCCUCUCUCUGCUGGAUGUCUGCCAUACAUUUACAUAGCUUUUAAUUAAUUUUGCUUUCUGAUGUCUGCCAUACAUUUACAUAGCUUUUAAUUAAUUUUGCUUUCUGAUGUCUGCCAUACAUUUACAUAGCUUUUAAUUAAUUUUGCUUUCUGAUGUCUGCCAUACAUUUACAUAGCUUUUAAUUACUUUUGCUUUCUGAUGUCUGCCAUACAUUUACAUAGCUUUUAAUUAAUUUUGCUUUCUUCUUUGUCUAACUUGAAAUGAGCUUUUCCUCGAUAAAAUAAUAACUUUUUGAAUUUCAUUAGAAAAUUAAUACAAUAAUUUAAAAAAAAAUGGGGAUGGCUGUUAAAAAUUCCACAGCUAACAUUGCAUUCUCAUUUCCUAUUACAAGGUUAUCAUGCAAACUUUUUAUUCUCUUUCCAUGUUUGUUGUGAUCCAAAUCUGAUAACAUUAAAAACGGAUGUCAAACCGCUUUCAUUUUAAAGUUCAGCUCUCUUAAUUUAACAAAAAAUUUGGCUGUAAUAUCUUCAGCUUUGCAAAAAUAAUAAUUUUUCUUAAACUUUUAUUGGUGAAAUCUGCGAGAACUGCGUUCAGGUUAAAGCAAUAAUAAAUUUUUUACAGGGUACAGAAAAUCUUGGAGAAGGACAAUGCAAAAAAAAUUGGGCGUUUCAUCUAAGAAGGGUUCGACAGCAAAAAUAGAACAGCUUUGUUUGUUGUAGUGGUUUUGUACUAAUUCACUAACAGUCCACUUCUUCAUCAGAAUUUAACGUGGUGUAAACUGCAUCUGUGUUGUCACUAAAGUGAAAGCAGAGCAUCAGCAGCAUUCUCUGUCCAGCUGUAACCAAAAGUAAAUUUUGUAUUUCUUUAUAGGACAGUCUGCUGGGUAACCAGGCCAAUAAUUCAGCCGAGUCCAGUCCAUGGCACCCCAACGAUGUCUACGGGUCCACCAACACCGGUGCUCCGACAUCCGGGGAGUCUGCCAGAGUGCGCGCCGAGAGGAUUGCCAGCAUUGAAGGUCAAGGGUCAAGUGUCCUGAGCUUUCAUGACAUAAACUACGAAGUUGAUGUCAAACUGUCAGCCUGUGGGAAAAGAGUAAAAAAAAAGAUUUUGAAGGAUGUAAAGUGAGUCAUCCUUGCAGUAGAUGUCAAGUCAAUAUUUUAAACAUCGUUUAAGUGCUGGGCAAUUUUUAACACUUUGAAGUUAUUGUGAAAAAAUGCUUUCAACAGAAUUCCUACAAUGAGACACAAUUUGUGUAAAUAAAACAAAACAUGUUAAGCUUUAAUGAUGGAUACACAGAAUACAAAUGCACACCUUUUGGCAAAUGCCCUCUAUAGCACAGCAAAAAAACAACAACAUUCAUAAAGUAUAAAUUAAAGUUAAAAAAAAAAAAUAUAUAUGUAUCCUACCAAAAAAAAUAAAACAAAAGAUUUAAGAUUUAAAAAUUUGGCCUUGGGCUGUUUCUCUUUAGACUUAGUUAACCAACUUAUAAUCUUCAAAGAGAAAAAAAUAUUGAAUAGAUGGUCUUGUAGACAGUAACCAAGAACUGUGUUCUAUAAACAUCUCAUACUAACUAUGUAAUGGGUUCAAAGGUCAUGAGGCUCUGCAAUGCCAGCUUUGAGUUCAAGAAAAUGUAUUGAUUUGUUUCUGUGUAAGAGACUUCAGCUGAGAUUAAGGCUUCUGUUGGCUCUGAGUCAGGGAAAGCACACACAAGUGUGAUUUGUAAGGGGCAGCUGAAAAUGAUGCUGGACCCCCCCCCCCCCCAUGAAGUGUGUAAAAAUGCACAGGUUUUUAGUAAAAUAUUUUGUUUUGAAUAGACUAUCCUUAAACUUUUAAAAAAGACUAUUGAUUAAUUGUACCCUAACAGAUAACACUAACAUUUUAUUUUUUCAACAGUGGUAUAUUCAAGCCAGGUAUGAAUGCCAUUCUUGGUCCAACAGGAAGUGGAAAAUCCUCGUAAGUGUGGGGUUCUUUAAGUAAUAUGCUUAAAACAAAAAUAAUGCUAUGAAAUGUUCAAGAAUAUUAUUUUACCCCCAUCAAUGAACUGCUGUGUGUGGGAAGCAGGUAUUCAUAAUGACAUUGCACCCAAUUUUUUUUAAUAAUGAAAACAUAAUACUAAUACACUUUGAUGAUGUCAUAAAAUAACAGCCCUAAUUUCUAGUGCAUUAAAUGUUGCUAUUUUCUGAAAUGCUAUAACAAUGUAUCAUUUUCAAGUCUACUGGACGUCUUAGCCGGAAGGAAGGAACCAAGGGGCUUAACUGGUACUAUUCUACUGGAUGGUUUGCCACCCCCUGACAAUUACAAGUGCCUCGUGGGUUACGUUGUUCAGGUAUUUAUUUACCUCACAUUGUGCAUUUACUAUUUAAAUUAAUUCCAAGAAUAGAGUGGAAUUAAACCUUUCAUUCAGGAUGUUACAAAGCCCCCACAAAAAAAGUAGUAAUACUAAUACAAAAGGCCAAGGUUCUCCUGCGAGAAGUGCGGUCGAGACUACCAUUUAGGAGCGGCCUCGUGAGUCGCUUGAUGGAGUGUCGAUAGCUAAUCCAUCCUCUCGUGAAGACGUCAGGAUGUCAUAAAAUUUAGGAUGGGGGGAGGCCAGAGCAUCGUAGUUGUUAAGGUUUCACCGAUUAGCGAUUGUCAGAUGACUUAUUAAUCAGCUUGGAAAAUUGCUUUGUAUUUGUACGUUUUAGGUCAUUUGUAAUUAAUCACAAUAAUUAUUAUCAUUUUGAUAUAGUUUAGGUUAUUGUUGUGAGGGUAAGACAUAGCAUUAGGAAAAUAACCAGGUCCAGAAAUGGAAAUGAGUGCCUCUCUGUCACCCAAAGAUGUGAACCCUGUGCCUAGACCAAGAGAUGAGCCUCUGAGCGUCACUAUUAAAAGGGAGCCUCAUCUGGGAAAAUGCUUUGAAUCAGUCAGCGACAUGGCUAAAAGAAUGCCAUAGAGGAGCAUAUCCCUUACACCCGAGGAUGAUGUCAUUUAAGCACCGAUGCCUUGUGGUUAAUGGGCAAAGCAGCCACCAGUUUACUGCCCACCAUGCAUGUGUAAUUAUGUGACCGGAAUGGCCAAUUCAGGAGGGCCAGAAUAUAACAAAGGGUAGAUCUGCUGAUAAGUUUUACAACCAGGAAUUAAGUAACAAUGAUGCAAGAAUCACUUUCAUUUUAAGUCUUAUCAACACCCACCCUUAUCAACACAAACCAACAUUUCAAUUUCACGGUCAGCACAUAUCUUCUUCUUCUAUAUAUUAAGGGCCUACGAUCAACUUAUUGAUCAUUCUGGCUCCUAUGCAUGUAGAGGAGAUUUGAAAUGUUUCUGUGCCUGGUACUGAAGAGGAUAUUUCACUGGUUACAAGGGCUGCUUGAAUGCUAAUGUAAUUAUCAAACAAUAAACCAGGUCACAAUGAAGGUAAAGGUCACACAGUACUGAUAUUGGCUACUGACAAUAUUAAAAAGUGUCCUUUUUGAACAAUAGAAGUCCUUUGUGAAAGUAUAAAUAAGGACCUUCCAUUGCAAAAUAUGAAAACCCAUGUACAACAUGCACCAGUCAUUUGAUAGGCUUUACUUUCUUAUGUAAUUUAUCAUAUCUAUCCUUAUUCUCAAUGACAGGACGAUGUUGUUAUGGGUACAUUGACAGUGCGAGAAAACUUUGAAUUCUCAGCAACGCUCCGUCUCCCAAGGUCUGUUAAGAAAAGAGAAAGGAAGGAUAGAGUUGAACAGGUCAUCUACGAGCUUGGGUUGACAGAGGUCGCUGACUCCAAGGUAAGGUUAUCUUCCCUCAGUAGUUCCGGUUAUGAGAUGCUCUUUUUAAGAAUAAUCAGAUGUUAGAAAUGUGGGUCAGAGAUCUUUUUUAUCUAAGAAUUAUAUAAAAAUAGUGACACAGUUAUUUCAUGCUUGUGUAAUGAGGUGUCUUUUAAAUAUGUAUUGCAUGUUUCAGAGAAAAGCUAAAUACAGCAAUUUAAAAACAACAACGUUGGGUUCCUGGUUAGUUCAAAAUGCGCCAGACACCUAUUCUAAUCAAGACUUAAUUUAGUAUGCCAUAAUGAAGGUGCUUGGUUUUAUAGGUUGGUAAUGAGUUCAUCCGCGGAGUGUCUGGUGGAGAGCGAAAGAGAUGUAACAUCGGCAUGGAGCUCAUUAUCUCUCCUCCGGUCCUGUUUUUAGAUGAACCGACGACAGGCUUGGAUGCCAGCACAGCUAAUGCAGUCAUGCUGUUGUUAAAAAGGUGAUCUAUUUGGUGGUCAAGAUGAAUUCCUGCUUCAUUAAAGUGUCUCUUUUCCACAAUUUAGGCAUCGGAAAUGGCCACAGAUUCUAGUUAAGAAACUAUUAUUUUUACUCCCAGCUAUAAAUUUACUCAUUUACAUCAAUUUCACCCCAAAAAAAAAAAAUUAAGUCAUUAGAAUUAUAAAUCUUUAAACUCUCACCAGAUUGGCAGAUCGUGGUCGCAAUAUCAUCUUUUCAAUACACCAGCCCCGUUUCUCCAUCUAUCGCUUGUUUGAUUCACUCAUGCUCAUGUCCCACGGAGAUGUGGCUUAUCACGGCAAGGCUAAUGAAGCCCUGGACUAUUUCACAUCUGUUGGUUGGUACUGCUUCUUACUAAUUAAAUCAGAACGAAAGGAAGGUCAGGGCCAUCGUGCCAUCAGGUCCAUCUAACCCAGCCGUUCUCAACCUGUGGGUCGUGACUCCUUUGGGGGUCGCACGACCCUUUCACAGGGGUCGCCUAAGACCAUCUCAAAAUACAUAUACUCUACAGUUAUGAAGUAUCAACGAAAAUAAUUUUGUGGUUGGGGUUCGCCACAACACGAGGAACUAUAUUAAAGGGUGGCGGCAUUAGAAAGGUUGAGAACCGCUGAUCUAACCACUGCAAAGUUAUGCCAUGAAAUUUUUAAAUACUGGUGAUGUAGAGGUUCCUAAAAUUUUUUCUAAUAAAUAUUUUAUUUAAAAAAAAACAAUCAAUUUUGAAACUACAAAUGUGAACAAAUACUUCAUUAACUUCACUUGACAUAAUCACAAAAAUAUUCAGUUGACACAAUCUCUGAAAAUUAAUUCAACACUAGCAUUGUGCGAAACCAAUGGCAAUUAAAAACAAACACAAAGUACAUAAGUUGUGUUUAGAAACAACUAUGACAAUUGAUAAAGAUAACUAACCUAGAGUGCCAUCUAGCGAUUAUUUAGGAAGGCUUCUGCAAACAGUUAUUACUAGAUAAAAUACCAGUUUGCACCAAGUUCGCAUAUUACAUUAUGAACAUUUUUGUAACACUUCACAGCACCCUUGUGAGGAAGCCUUGGCUCUCCUUAGAGCCGAAGCACAUAGUGUGGGAACCUCUGAAAUAUUAGAUACCUUUUUUUGUCAAAUGUCUAUAAAUAUGUUACAUAAGUUGCUUAAAUCACAUGAACUUUCAUAUAUAUUUUUUUUUGCCAUUAAAAAAUAAAUAAGGAAGAACAUUUGAGAUUAAAAAUACUGGUCAACAUUAAUCACAAGAAUGAAAUUCAUGUAUUUAGUUUUUUGAAGUGGAAUAAAUUAAUGAACAUUUAAACAUAUAUCAAAUUAAUUUUAUAGUUAUAUCUCACCAAGUGAAAAUCUUCAGCGAACUUUUUUUUUACAUGUAUAAAAUCUUGAGUGAACUUUUACCUGUCUAAAAUCUUGAGUUAACUUUUUAUGUGUAUAAAAUCUUGAGUGAACUUUUACCUGUCUAGAAUCUUGAGUUAACUUUUUAUGUCUAAAAUCUUGAGUGAACUUUUACCUGUCUAAAAUCUUGAGUUAACUUUUUAUGUGUAUAAAAUCUUGAGUGAGCUUUUACCUGUCUAGAAUCUUGAGUUAACUUUUUAUGUGUCUAAAAUCUUGAGUGAACUUUUACCUGUAUAAAAUCUUGAGUGAACUUUUACCUGUCUAGAAUCUUGAGUUAACUUUUUAUGUGUCUAAAAUCUUGAGUGAACUUUUACCUGUAUAAAAUCUUGAGUGAACUUUUACCUGUCUAGAAUCUUGAGUUAACUUUUUAUGUGUCUAAAAUCUUGAGUGAACUUUUACAUGUAUAAAAUCUUGAGUGAACUUUUACCUGUCUAGAAUCUUGAGUUAACUUUUUAUGUGUCUAAAAUCUUGAGUGAACUUUUUACAUGUAUAAAAUCUUGAGUGAAUUUUUACCUGUAUAAAAUCUUGAGUGAACUUUUACCUGUAAAAUAAAUGCAGGCUACAUUUGCGAGGAGCACAAUAACCCACCUGAUUUUUUCCUGGAUGUUAUUAAUGGAGACUCCACUGCUGUGGCCUCUAUGGCGAGGGAACCCAACGGUGCUUUAGGCAACACUGUAUCCAAUCAUCUGCACGAUUCCGGUGAGUACACCCGCCAGAGUGACACAAUUCUCUCUUGCCCCACCCAUGUAGACAUUUAUUGUCCUGGACCGGUUUAAAGAAAUAAAAACUCGAAGAAAAUAAUUCAUGUGUUUUUAACUGCCGCUCAAAUUUGAUCUAUUACCAGACUCUAAAUUUCUAAGUAGUUGUCAGCACUGCUUUAAAAUUAGUUUACUUGAUUCGCUAAGAAUGUGUGUAUAGGAAUAGAUCAUAAAAACUAACGGUUUGCCUAGCAUGAUAUACAUGUUUUAAAAUAUUCAUUGUAAAUCCUCAGGUAAAGUCCAAGAGCAUGUUGUAGCUGUUGAGGGUAAGCUGGUGUGUCUUUUGUGGUGUCUCUUUACAACAAGUGUGUCAGGUCUCAUGCAAUAGCGCAUUCAGUGUGAGAAUCUACACAUCUGUACCGUUUGGUUAAUGUCUAUCAAGGUUUUUUUAGAAGCUACCAUUUCAGUUUUAUUUUUGAAAUGUGAUAAAAGAAAGAACUGGAAGGGAAAUUUUAUUUUGUCAAUGGAAAAAUGUUUGGGAAAUGCUUUGAGGAAUUUAGGAUGGGGGGGGUGGGGGGGUGGGGUUGCAAAUGAAUGAAACGUCAUGGGGUUGGUUCACUCACAAGGACUGGGAAAUAAUACUUCAAGCUGUAGAUUUCAAGAAAUGAAUGCACACUGCUCUUUAAAACACUCAUAUCAAAACAUGCACAAUGGCUGAUAUAUGGGAGAGGCACUCUAAAGAUGUAUGUUGGCUGAAUUGUUUCAAAUUAUUUAUCCUGUAAACUGCCUUGUCCAAAAAUUGGGGACUAAGGAGAGGACUCCUAAAGAAAAAACAUGUCAGUGACAACCUGUAGGCCAGCUGAUGAACUCAACGCCAUUUUGUCAACUGCUACUGUUGUAGUCCUUCAACAGAUGAUCCACUGUAUCAUGAUGUAGACUAUAAGGACUUGUAUUAAACCUAAAAAAAAAAUCAUAAUAAUUUAUUUUAACUUUUCUAUUUUUCUUUUUCUACAGCAGAACCAUCUGGACUGAGGGAUCUUUUCAGGAAUUCCAAAUGGUACCAAAUGUAAGUCUGUAACAUCUUUAACACAAUUCAUCAUCAUCAUCAUGUCCCUUUGUCCUUGGACCGUUGGGGCGCCACAGGUGAGAUGAAUACCAUCCUUCUCCAUUCCAUUACCCAAUUAGUUAAAAAAAAAUUAUUCAACUGUCAUCAAUUAUUCAAUGAAAAACCAGAUCAUUCUUUAGUAUAUCAGCAAGAGAUUUCGAGACAUCCCCAGGUUUCUCCUUCUGACCACAAUGUCUUGCCACCUUAUUUGGUAUGCCAGCGGGGGGCGACAGGUAAAAAGGACAUGAAUAUGUAUUUACAUCAUUUCAUGAAUACUGAUCUGUGAUUAUCAGUAUUUUUAAAAGUUUAUUUAGUUGCCAUUAGAAAAUUAAAUUCAGAUGCAUUUUUGGGAAUUAAAUGCAUGAAAUUUUCUUUAAUAUACACACAACAUAGAAUCAAUGAAUGUAUAUUUUCUUGGUUUGCUAUUCCUUAAAUAAUUUAUUUUUUUAAUAAUUAUUCAUUAAAUUAAUUUGUUCAAAAUCAAUUAUUUAUUAAACUAAUUAUUACUUUAAUCAAAUUAUUCAUAUAAAAUAUUUUUCCCCAUAGUAACCGUUCUAUAUAAACUAAGUACUCUUUCAAUGACUUAUUCCUCGUAUGAUGGACCCUUUCAAUUUCCUAGAGUGAAAGAUGAGCUGAAGCCUAUCAUGGACGCUCACCAGCAAGAUGCCGGCGGUGGUAAUACUAUUAGGAUUAGGAAAGUGGAGUACAAGACAUCCUUUGGAGUUCAGGUUAGUAAGGCCAGUCAUGUAAGAUUUCAAAAAUUCAAAGCCACCCAGCGACAAAUAUCAGCAGGCCAUCUUGAUUUGCGAGUCAACUCUUUGCGGGCCGAUUGUCAUUACAACUUGUUAAUAAAAUAAACACCAAAUAAAAAAUGCAUGGAAAUACGUUGUUUUUUUUAUGCACAUAAUUCUCAGAUGAUAACACAGCUACACAUGCAGCACACUUAUAAAAUUAGAGUAUAGAUUUACAUGGAAACAAAAUUCUGUUUUUUAAAUAUAGUGAUAAUUUAUUAAUUUUACAUGAGCUUUUAUAACAAGAUUAAAAAGAACUGCAAGUAAAUGAAGAAAGAAAAAGUUCAUUUGUGAUACAUCCGGUGGGCCACAGUAUUUAACUUUGGGGGGGGGGGGGGGUCGGUCAGCCAUCCCUAAAUAGACAAUGCUCAUCUAAAAACUUACACAAAUUAUCAAGAUUAAUGUUUUUGAUUUUUCUGGUCAAAGAAUUAUCAUUUAAGGACGUUUAAUGGUAAAUACAUUCAAUUGUGAUGUCAAAUCUAAUUCCUUAAAACCAGCAAGCAGCAAGUUCAUCAAUAAUUGCACUGGAAGAAUUCUCUUAUUCAAAUCCUCAUCUUGUUUUUUUUUUUUUACAUUUUCUUUCAGCUGGACCUAAAAUAUAUUAUAUAAUGUUCCCGGUAUUUAAAAUUGUUCUUACACUCCAAUAUCAACUUAUAUUAUACUUAUUAAAACGAGCGCAGAGCCGGCAAUGUCCCAAGCCUUGGUGACAGCUCCCCCCUUUUUCCCCCCAGCUAUUAUGUGACUUAUGCAUUGUAUGACAAUGUCAUGUUUAUGUUUUAUGCUUCACAUCCACAGCUGUUGACGGUAUCACAACGAUGUAUAAAGAACAUUGCCAGAAAUCCUCAGGUUUCUAUUAUGCAGGUCUGUGGCUUUUCAAUAUAGCUUUAGUGAAAUGAAAAUAAAGAAAUAAUUAAAAAUGAAUUUGUUAAUAACUUAAAGUUUAUUAAAUUAAUUUUUUUAAACAUAAAUUUAUUGCGAUUAUGAAACAGAUAUUCUUUUUAAAUUUUUUUAUUUUAACCAUGAGAAAUUAUCCAAAUUGAACAUUUCCUUCCGUUUGAACAUUUGAUUCAUUUUGAACAUUUCCUUCAAUUUGCACUUUCCUCAGUUUAAACAUGUCCUUCUAUUUGAACAUUUCAUUCAUUUUGAACAUUUCCUUUAAUUUGAACAUUUCCUACAUUUUGAACAUUUCAUUCAUUUUGAACAUUUCCUUCAUUUUGAACAUUUCCAUUAACUUGAACAUUUCCUUCAUUUUGAACAUUUCCAUUAAUUUGAACAUUUCCUUCAUUUUGAACAUUUCCUUCAUUUUGAACAUUUCCUUCAUUUUGAACAUUUCCAUCAAUUUUGACCAUUGUCUUGUUCCAGUUUGUUGUAAUUGCAAUAUUUGCAUUGAUUGUUGGUGGUGUUUACUUUGACAUGAGUAAAUCCAAGGAUUCUGGUAUACAGAACAGGUGAGGAAUGACUAAAGAUUUUUACAUAGAGAAGCUGGCAACUUUAGUUAUUCCUAAUUUGAAACAGAUUAGAAAUGUUCCUGGGUGGAAGAAUUGUGCUGAUGAGUGGUUUUGAAAAUGUGAAAUGUGAGAAAGAAAUUGUGCUUUUUAAGUGCCUUUAACAAUAGACGUGGCUAUUCGGAUCCGGGUCCGAGAAGUGAGAUGUUGGGAUUAAAAUUAAAACAAAAAUAUUAUUGUUAGGCUGUUAAGACAAACUUUGGUAUCAAAUAAAAGAUAAUUGAAUGGACUGUAUGUUUGUAAACUUACUUCUUCAGUUUAACUAAAAUAAACUACCACAAAUGACAUCCGAAUAGCAUUGAGUCUAAAGGUAUCCGGAUCCGAAUAGCGGCACUGAGUGCCCGGGUCCAUUUUGACUAAAUGCUAUUCGGAUGUCAUUUGUUGUAGUUUAAUUUAGUUAAACUGAAGAAGUAAGUUUACAAACAUAUAGUCCAUUCAAUUAUCUUUCAUUGGAUACCUAAUUUUGUCUUACAAACCCCGCAAUGAUUUUAAAAUAUUUUUUAAUAAACCCAAACUCUCACUUUUGGGACCCGGGUCCCAAUAGCCGCAGCCUCUUACAAUAGUUUUUAAAUUGUUGUCACAGAGCUGGUGCUUUUUUCUUCAUCAUCAUGAACCAAGUGUUUGGUAACAUGUCUGCUGUGGAGCUCUUCAUUAAAGAAAGGGCCAUUUUUAUGUAAGUGCUUGCUAUAUGAAAGGCUUCAAUUCAUUGUUGGUCAAUUUGUAAUGUAUUAUUUUCUCCAUAUUAGCUAUCGUUAAGUAUGCCUAACUCUACAAAUGCAUGUAUUUAACUGUACUUAAAAUCAACACAUGAUGAAUUUUUAAAAAUCUUCCUAAUCGUGGCAUCCUUGCACAUGCAUUGACACUAUGUAAUUAUACCAAAAUUGUCAUAGAACAAUGGGCCCAUCAUGGGAUUGGGCUAAGUACAUAUUAUAGAUAUAAGGAAAUCUAAUAACAUGGACAUACGGUGAUAAGAUAAGAUAAGAUAAGAGGAUAAUAUUCUUUUACUGAUCCAAAUAAAUGGAAAUGCUUUUUUGAUUGCAAUGAGCAUAUUCGUUUUCAGCACAUAAAUAAAUACAUAUAGUAGAGUUUUUUCCAGCAAUAACAAAACCAAAUACAUGUUUUAAGUUAUUUUUUUUAUGUUUGCUUUGAUUUAUUGCUAGUUAUGGUACCGUGAAUGGAUGUGGAAUAUAUAUUAAAAAUGUCACCAUCACACAGUUCUCAAGUCAGUUAAUAGCUGGGGGGGGGGGGAGGAGCUGCCACCAAGUAUUUUUCUGUUGUCAUCAAAGCAGUUCAGUAACCAAUUAUCUGAAAUCUUAUGCAAAGUUUAUUUAUUGUUUUUAAACAAAAAUUUCAGACAUGAAAAUGUGAGCGGAUUCUACAGAGUGUCUGCCUAUUUCUUGGCCAAAGUUUUCUGUGAUGUCAUACCUUUGAGAAUGAUCCCAGCUGUUAUCUUCUCAUGCAUUGUCUACUUUAUGUUAGGUCAGUCAUAAUAGCGACAUUCAAAUAGGCAUUCAAUUAAAACCAGGACAUAGACGAGACAUUCAACUAUAACCAGGACGAUAGAAGAGACAAUGAACUAUAACCAGGACAUUAGAAUAGAUAUUCAACUACAACAAGAACAUAAGGAGAGACAUUCAACUUUAACCAGGACAUUAGAAGAGACAUUAAGCUUUAACCAGGACAUUAGAAUGGAUAUUUAAAUAUAAGCUUCACUAUUUUUUAUUGGUAACCAGGUGCGCUGGUGUCUAGUAGGUAUAAAGUUGUUUUGUUUUACAAAGGCAGCGACACCAUCAUAAACUUAACAACAAAGACCAAAGUGAUUUUGAACUCAAGACUAGCUGAAAUGAUUGCAUUCUAACUUGUGUGAUUAAAUCUAUAAUUUCCGCAGGAUUGAGAGAUGGUGUGGACCAUUUUUUCUUCUUCGGUUUGAACCUGUUCCUCACAGCCUUGUCGGCGUCUGCCCUUUCCUUUGCCAUCAGCUCCACCGUCAGGAUAUUCGCAAUAGCCAAUCUGUGCUUGGCCCUGUGCUAUGUAUUUAUGAUGGUGAGCUCAGAGUUUUGUUUUCGUCUGGAUGAAUUGUUGAAUCGGGAAUUGACCUACUUUAGAGAGAGCAGUGAUUUAGAUCUAUACAUUUUCAGUGGUUUUGCUAUGUUAUAGAAAUACAUGGUAACGUAGGUACAAUUUACAGACACAAUUAUAAUUUUUAAAUUCAGUUUUUAAUUUUGUAAAUUUCAAUGAGCAGUCACUUGUCAAAGUUGUUCUUCUCUCACUCUUAUUACCUAUGACUUAGGACGCAGCUCGGUCACAUAAAUUUUUUUUAUUCUUAAAUGAAACUUUUUUUGCUUUCAGCUAUUUAGUGGCCUUUUAAUCAAUGUGGGUGACUUAGGAGACUGGAUUAGUUGGAUUAAAUACCUGAGUAUAUUCCGGUACAGUUUAAAUGUGAGUAUUUCGUUAUAAUUUUUUAAUGUAAUAGUUGUGUAUGUCUAUUAUUUUAAGCAUCUAAAGAUGUCUACCUGCAAAGAUUUUGUUUUUCCAUUAGACAAAGGGAAACAACUUUAGAAAAAAAUACAAAUGUAGACAAUCCAAAAGAGUUUAGAGCAGUUAUGGUUAAAAGAGAGUGACAUUUUUUUACUUUUGCUUGGCACUUUAAAGAUAAAAAUUGCAACAACAAUUUUUUUGUCUUGAUUUCAAAAUAAACUCAUCAUUGUUUACAUUUGUUUAUGCCUUCUCAGUUAGUGAGUUUCACCAUAUUUUGUCUUGUACUUAUUUUGCUACGAUUGCUUUUAAAAAGAAAUCCCCAUUUUCGAAAAACUACAGUUUGGCUAGCACUGGAUAGCACUGAAUUUUUUUCAGACAAGGAAAUUCUAUACUUGUUAAAAAACCAAUCUCUAUAAGACAUAUAUUAUCAUUAUAUUAUAAUUAUUAUUAUAUUCAAGCCAUUCGUUGUAGCACUGCUCCUGUGUCAGUGCACUAUUUUAAAUAUAUUUAUGAAAACACUUUAAUGAAGCUACUGCUUAAACAAAUUUAUAAAUCUUGCACUGAACUCUGAAGUUGUCAUAUUUUAUUUUUCCUGUUCUAGGCUUUAGAAGUAAAUGAACUUAAAGAUCAAAACUUCUGUAACUUCACUGACUGGUAAGUGAGCCUAUAUAUAGGAAUGAGGUUUUUUAAAAUUUAAAGAAAAAAAAUUACAAAUAGGACCUUUGUGUGUUGAAACUGUAUGGAUUUUUUUGCUGACCACUGUAGAUUUACUGGUAAAAAUGCACCAAUUUUUGCACAGUUAACGUUUUUAGAUCCCAUCCCAAAUUGGCUGCCAUCUUCUGAAUCUGAAUUUGGCAGUAUUAAAAUUUUUUUUUUUUUCUGCUGGUUAACUUCCUCCUGAAGAAUAGCUGAUGAGUCCAUUCCAUUCUAAUAUUGACCCAUAGCACCCGAUGGCCCUGUUAUUGUUAUCAAAGUUAAGUCCUGAACCUCCUAGUUGAGAGGCAGACAAUGGUAACGUUCAGCCGUGUAGCCAAAACUCAAAGUAUUAAAAAUAAGUUCAACAAAUAUCAAUUAUUUUCAUUACAAAGAUGAGAAAAAUUACGUACUAUAUGUUCAAUGCAGUUCCUCGGUUAUUUUAUAUAUAACAUACAUUUUUUUUUUUAAAACACGCCAUUUUAAUCUUUGACAAUUUUAUGAGGAUAAAUUUGGUGCACUUUAUUUUCUCGAAAAUAUUCCAAUAUCAUAAUCAGAAAUAGCACGACUAACACUAACCCAGACCUCCUAGCAAUAGCGGAAAAACAAUAACUUUUCCCUCUCUUCCAUACAGCGUGAAUGGCAACUAUUAUCUACAGUCGCAGAAAAUUCCCUAUGAGACGGCCUGGGACCUUUGGCAAAACGAAGCCGCCCUAGGGAUUAUGGUUUUCGCCUACUUGCUCUUGGCCUACAUUCAACUGAGGCGAAUCAAGAAACUCAAAUAACUCCUCUUGAUAAGUAGAUAAAAAAAAUGUUGAGUUCUCUUAUCAUUAACCAAGAGAGAAAAUUGUUCCAUUAUUAUGAUGGUACAUGGCUGCAAAAUUUUGCUUUAUAUAAACAAGGUAACAAUCUCUAAGGGCAAUUUUCCAAGAUGUUCAAAUUUUUGUCAGUAAAUUCAACAGUGAGAUCAGCUUGAGGG